UGAAAGCGAUGUUUUCAAGUUCGCUCUCAAUUUUCGUGACGACGUGACAAAACUAGUAGACGACGGUUAUAUUCCCACAAAAAGACAAAUUUUAAGCGUUGUCAUGAGUAUAUACGAUCCCCUUGGACUGGUUGCAACCUUUGUGAUACACGGUAAGAUCCUGAUUCAGGAUGUGUGGCGAACAAAAACUGGUUGGGACGAGAAGGUGCCUACAAAUAUUCAAGAUCAAUGGCGAUUGUGGUUGGCUGUUCUUAGUAAAUUAGAGGGAGUUCAGAUUAAUAGAUGUUAUUUUCCUGGCUACACCAUCACUAGUUUGGACAAUAUUCAGCUCCACAUUUUCGUAGAUGCCAGUGAAAAAGCUUACGCGGCCGUGGCUUACUUCAGAAUUGUAGAUCGAGGAACAAUCCGUUGCACUUUAGUGUCAUCCAAAACAAAAGUGGCACCAUUGGAACUUCACUCUAUGCCCCGUAUGGAGUUGUUGGCUGCCGUCAUUGGGGCACGUUUGAAGAAAACUAUCAUUCAAGAACAUUCUCUGCACAUAGCCAAAACAUUCAUGUGGAGCGACUCAUCAACCGUACUCUCCUGGAUCAGAUCCGAUGUCCGACGAUAUCGACAAUAUGUGGCCUUUCGAGUGAAUGAAAUCUUGAAUUUGACGACUAUCGACGAAUGGAACUGGGUUCCAACUCGCUUGAAUGUAGCAGACGAAGCAACUAAGUGGGGGAAGGGCCCUUCAUUCAACUGUGACAGCCGUUGGUUCAACGCCCCUGAAUAUCUAUACACACCGGAAGGAGAAUGGCCUAUUCAAGAACGUUUAGAACCUGUAAGUGAAGUGGUACAAGAGCUACGCCCGGCCUUUGUCAACACCCAUGUUAAAAAGGAACCAUUAAUCGACCUUCAUCGCUUUUCCAAAUGGGAACGCCUUUUGAGAAGCAUUGCUUACGUUCAUUGUUUCCUCGAGUUCAUUCCUCAGCGUAAACGACUUGGAACCCUACCAAAAACCAAGUUAACUAGCGAACAUAUCAAGAAAGCAGAACGCACUCUUUGGCGACUAGCUCAAAUGGAUGGAUUUCCAGAUGAAGUAGCUGUAUUCAAACAUAAUCAACGAACAAGCAUUUCCACGAAGUGGCCUUUAGAUAAAUCCAGUUCUAUCUUCAACCUGAGCCCAAUAAUGGACGAACUCGAAGUAAUCAGACAGGACGGUCGAAUGCAAGCAGCGCGCUGGAUGUCCCAAGAUGCUAAGUACCCAAUUAUACUCCCAAGGAACCAUCGCAUCACUUACUUACUUAUAGAUUGGUAUCACCGCCAAUAUCGACACGCCAACGAAGAGACAGUGGUGAACGAAAUAAGGCAGAGGUUCCGUGUACCCAGGCUGAGAGUCCAACUGCAACUUACGAAGAAAGCUUGUAUGUGGUGUCGUGUAUACAAAUCAACCCCAAAAGUUCCAAGAAUGGGGCCGCUGCCACGAGUGCGUUUAACACCUUUAGUACGUCCCUUCACGUUCACAGGGAUCGACUAUUUCGGGCCUUACCUUAUCAAAGUCGGCAGAUCGGCAGUGAAACGAUGGGCAGUUCUUUUCACAUGCCUCACAGUUCGAGCCAUACACUUGGAGGUAGCUGCGUCCCUUACUACUGAUUCAUGCAAGAAAGCCAUCCGAAGAUUUAUAGCUAGAAGAGGAGCUCCAGAAGAAAUUUAUUCCGAUCACGGGACGAACUUCCAGGGCGCCAGACGUGAAUUAAGAGAGGAGAUAAAAAAGCUGAAUGAAGUUCUCGGUAGUACGUUUACGGAUGCACGAACGCAGUGGUUUUUUAUUCCCCCGGCAGCACCUCAUAUGGGAGGUUGCUGGGAGAGAAUGGUUCGUUCGGUGAAAACAGCAUUGGCAGCUAUUCCUAUAAAUGAUAAACUAGACGAUGAGUCGCUAAUGACAUUCAUGGCUGAGGCCGAGCACAUGAUCAAUUCGAGGCCACUUACAUUCAUCCCAAUCAGGACAGAGUGUGAAGAAUCUCUAACGCCAAACCAUUUUUUGAUGUUGGGUUCAAAGGGCGUUAAGCAAGGUAUUAAAGAACACGUUGAAAUGGGCAAAGCACUUAGGGGGAGUUGGAACUUAAUACAAUCUACUUUACAAAUUUUUUGGAAAAAAUGGACCGUCAGUUACUUACCUACUAUAACCAGGAGAACAAAAUGGUUUGAAAAUGUUCGUCCUAUUCAACAAGGUGAAUUAGUGGUUUUAGUAGAUGAAAAUAUCCGUAACCGAUGGCUAAGGGGUCGAGUUAUGCAAACGUAUCCUGGACCAGAUGGCGUUGCUAGGCAAGCAGAUAUACUGACAAGCAAGGGAAUUUUGAAGAAUCGUCCGUUCACGAAACUUGCACUACUGGAUGUUGGAGUACAUGCCGCUGAACCAGAAAUCCAGACGACAUGAGGGGGAGGAUGUUGCGUGCAAGAAAGCCCCUCGUAGCGAUCAUUCUCACGCGUAUCGUACGCCUCCAUCUGACAGAGCGAUCCCUGGCGUAUUUACUAUUCUCUUUAUUACAUCUCUCAGUUAUCUCUGUAGAAACUAAAUUUGGAACUGAAACCACGUUGUAGAAACGAAAAUUCCAGAUUUGUUAAGCAUAGAGUUGCGUAGUAUUCUAUUUGCGGAAUAUUUUGAAUUUAUUCGGAGACUAAUUUGUAAGUAAAUUAAAGUUGUUAUCGAAAUCCUGUAAACUAUAAUAAAAUAACUCUUUGUAGCUUGAGCUUGAAACAACCAAAAAAGCGUUUUCUUGCUUUGAGAGCUUCGAUUGAAUU